AUGAAAUUUCUUUUCAUUCUUAUUAAUCUCUGUAUUGGAUAUCAAGCAAAUCUUAUUAGAAAUACGAAUUUCUCAACUGUAUGGACCAAUUUUACACAAGAUCUUCAAUUAUCACAUGCUACAUAUUCAAUUACUAUUCUUGAUAAUUCUACUGGAAAUAUUAUAUUUUCAUUUAAUAAAGAUGUUGGUCUUGCACCUGCAUCAACUUUGAAAACUGUAACUGGUGCAGCUGCACUUCAUUAUUUGGGUACAGAUUAUCGAUAUAAAACAUUUUUAGAAUACUCAGGAAGGAUCAAUUCAUUUGGUUUUUUGAAUGGAUAUAUAUAUAUUGUUGGAAGUGGUGAUCCUAGUUUAGGUAGUUGGCGAUGGAAUGAAACAGCAGGUGAAGUAAUUAUCCAACGUUGGUUGAAUUUAAUAGCUAAAACAGGUAUAAAAAAUUGUCGAGGAAUCGUAUUGGAUUUAAGUGCAUGGCCAAGUCAAACACAAACAGUACCAUCUGGGUAUACAUGGGGAGAUAUAGGAAAUUACUAUGGUGCAGGUAGUAGUGCAUUGAAUUGGCGUGAAAAUCAAUUUCAUCUUAUUCUUUCACCUGGCUUGGCUGUUGGUGAUCCUGUUACUCUUGUCUACAUUGAUCAUCCGCCACCAUCAGUAAUUUUUAUUAAUGAACUCAUUACUGGACCUCCUGGUAGUGGAGAGCUGACAAGUUUAUAUUUAGCACCUGAUGGAACCUACGGUUAUUUACGUGGUUCAUUAGGUAUUGAUUCAUCAAAAAAUGUUUCAAUUGGAGGUGCUAUACCUAAUUCGGCAUUAUAUAUUGCUGAUGAACUUCGCCAAGGUAUGGGUUGGUCUAAUGUCACAUCGAUCAAAAUCAUUUAUCAAAAAGAAAUCAAUGCUACUAAACGAACAACACUCGAUAUAUAUCAAUCACCACCAAUGAGUGAAAUUGUCUAUUGGUUUGAACAAUCUAGUAUUAACAUGUAUGGUGAAGUGCUCGUAAAAACCAUUGCACAGAUGACUAAUUCAAGUAUUAAUAGUGUAUUACCAGUAUAUUGUGAAACCGUACCUGAUAUUGAACAGACAGCAGUAGCAACUAUGGAUGGUUCAGGUUUAUCACCUGAAAAUCGUAUAACAACUUGGGCUAUAGCACGUGUUUUAUAUGAUGUUCGACAACGAGCAUCUUGGUUUUCAGUUUUUGAACAUGCUUUACCAACUAUUAAUGGAAUUCGCAUGAAAAGUGGAUAUAUUCAUAAUGUUUUAUCAUAUGCUGGCUAUGUGAAUCAUCAAGUCUUUUCAAUUAUUACAAAUAAUUUUAAUGGACAGACGAGUAGCAUGCGACAAAAAAUAUGGAAUUUACUUGAUACAUUAAAAUAA